AUGGGGAAGGGAAAGAACCAUGACCGCAAGGCCGGCAACCCCGGCUUCGGAAAGCAGAAGCUCAAGUCCUCUUCGGGGGAGAAGAGCGAGUUCACCAUGAAGCGCAUCAAGGGUGAAAACUUCUACGUUUCCGCCAAGGAUGCCGCGCGCAAAAAGAUGCUGAACGGCGGCAAGGCCGUGCGCGACAAGGAUGGCAAGAUCAUCCAGGCCGCCGCAUUCCAGAGCAAGGAGGCGACGCCUGGCCGCAUCCAGCCCGACCGGCGGUGGUUCGGCAACACGCGCGUCAUCUCGCAGACGGCGCUGGACCACUUCCGCACUGCGCUCGCGCAGCACAAGGAGGACCCCUACUCGGUGCUCCUGAAGCGGAACAAGCUGCCGAUGGGUCUGCUCCAGGACGAGAGCAAGACGGAGGGCAAGAAGGUGCAUAUCGUCGAGACGGAGCCGUUUGCGAACACGUUCGGCCCCAAGGCGCAGCGCAAGCGCCCCCGUCUCGAUGUUGGAAGCAUCGCGGAGCUCGGCGAGAGCUCGUCCGUCCCCGACCCCACGCUCGGCGUCGCCCUCAACACCGAGGAAGACGUGGCGGCCGCAUACCACCCGACGCGCUCGCUCGCCUCCGAGCCCAUCUACGCAAAGGGAACGUCGCGCCGUAUCUGGGGAGAGCUCUACAAGGUGCUCGACUCGUCCGACGUCGUCAUCCACGUCCUCGACGCCCGUGACCCCCUCGGCACCCGCUGCAAGCCCGUCGUCGAGUACCUCCGCAAGGAGAAGGCGCACAAGCACCUCGUUUACGUCCUCAACAAGGUCGACCUCGUCCCCACCUGGGUCACUUUCUCCGUCCUCCACUCGGACAAGAAGCAGAUCUCGGUCGGAUUCAUCGGCUACCCCAACGUCGGCAAGUCGAGCAUCAUCAACACCCUCAAGAAGAAGAAGGUGUGCACCGUCGCCCCCAUCCCGGGAGAGACCAAGGUGUGGCAGUACAUCACGCUCAUGAAGCGUAUCUACCUGAUCGACUGCCCAGGUGUCGUGCCGCUGUCGGCCAAGGACUCGGAGUCGGACACGGUGCUGAAGGGUGUCGUGCGAGUCGAGAACCUGCAGACGACGGCCGAGCACGUGCCGCAGAUGCUCGAGCGCGUGCGCCAAGAGUACAUUGAGCGGACGUACGGCCUGGAGCCGCGCGAGGGCGGGUGGCACGGCGAGGAGGGUGCUGCCGUUUUGCUCAGCACGAUCGCGAAGAAGGCCGGCAAGCUGCUCAAGGGCGGCGAGCCGGACCAGGAGGCCGCGGCCAAGAUGGUCCUCAACGACUGGAUCCGCGGCAAGAUCCCCUUCUUCGUCCCUCCCCCGGCCAAGCAGAGCGAGAACCCCGUUGCGGCCGAGGAGCCCGUCACUGAGGCGUCGGAGGAUGCCCGCGAAGUCCUCGAGGCGCAGGAGCGCGAGCUCGGCAAGCUCCUUGGCGAGAAGCGCGUCAAGGGCGUCGACCAGCCGAUCAAGAAGAUCGUCACCAUGACAAAGUACAUGGCCGACGACGCUAGGCGCGAGGACGAGUGGGACGAGGAGAUGGCCGAGGAGUCCGAGGACGCCGAGCUCGGCGAUGACGACGAGGACGAUGAGGAACAUGACGACGAGGACGACGAGGAUGAGGAGGAUGACGACGAGGACGAGUCCGAGGAGGCCGGCGAGCUCGCCUGGGAGGACAUGUUCCCCGAGGAGGGCAAGGCGGCGGGCUCGAAGCGCAAGGCUGCCGCCGAGCCGGCGUCCGAGGACGAGGACGCACCCAAGGCCAAGAAGGAGGCGCGCAUGACGACGAACAAGAAGAAGGCGACCAACUUCUACACGCACGCCAACGUCAAGAACCGCAACCGCGAGCGCAAGACGCCCAAGCUCCCCAAGCAGGCUGAGCGCGACGCCCGCAAGGGCGCGAAGGGGGGUAAGCGGAAGUAG